CACCGUGCAGCCAUCGGUUUAGUCGACAAUUGGAUACCGCACAGGUAGGGCACAGUUUGAGCGAACAGUUCUCGCUUAGGGGAGUGUGAAAACCACGUGUAAAGCAGUGAACAUUAUCUUACCCAGUGCGGAAGCAACGAGAGACUGCAGCUAAGAAAAUGGCAAAGACACCAGCGGUCGGUAUAGAUCUUGGCACGACCUACUCGUGCGUCGGUGUGUUCCAGCAUGGCAAGGUGGACAUUAUUGCCAAUGAUCAGGGCAACCGGACGACCCCAUCCUAUGUGGCAUUCACCGAUUCGGAACGGUUGAUUGGGGAUGCUGCCAAGAACCAGGUGGCCAUGAAUCCGAACAACACCAUCUUUGAUGCAAAACGUCUGAUCGGCCGUAAAUUUGACGACGCAACGGUGCAGAGCGAUAUGAAGCAUUGGCCGUUUGAUGUCAUCAGUGACGGUGGCAAACCGAAGCUGAGGGUAGAGUACAAGGGCGAGAAGAAGUCCUUCUUCCCGGAGGAAGUGUCCUCGAUGGUGCUGACCAAGAUGAAGGAAACGGCCGAGGCUUAUCUGGGUAAGAGCAUCGCCAACGCGGUCAUCACGGUACCGGCGUACUUCAACGACUCCCAGCGUCAGGCCACGAAGGAUGCCGGUGCGAUCGCCGGUUUGAACGUGCUGCGCAUCAUUAACGAACCGACGGCGGCGGCCAUUGCGUACGGGUUGGACAAGAAGGGUUCCGGCGAGCGCAAUGUGCUGAUCUUCGAUCUUGGCGGUGGUACGUUCGACGUAUCGAUCCUCACCAUUGAGGAUGGCAUUUUUGAGGUCAAGUCGACGGCCGGCGACACUCACCUUGGCGGUGAGGACUUUGACAACCGCAUGGUGUCCCACUUUGUCGAGGAGUUCAAGCGCAAGCACAAGAAGGAUAUAACGAGCAACAAGCGUGCGCUGCGCCGGUUGCGCACGGCUUGCGAGAGGGCAAAGCGUACGCUGUCCGCCUCUACGCAGGCAAGCAUUGAGAUUGACUCGUUGUUUGAGGGUAUUGAUUUCUACACCUCCAUCACGCGGGCUCGAUUUGAGGAGCUGAACUCGGAUCUGUUCCGCGACACGAUGGAACCGGUAGCGAAGGCGCUGCGCGAUGCCAAGAUGGAUAAGGCGAGCAUUCACGAUAUCGUUCUCGUCGGUGGAUCGACUCGCAUUCCCAAGGUGCAGAAGCUGCUGCAGGAUUUCUUCAACGGCAAGGAGCUGAACAAGUCGAUCAAUCCGGACGAAGCCGUUGCGUACGGUGCGGCCGUGCAGGCCGCCAUUCUGCAGGGCGACACGUCGGAAGCGGUGCAGGAUCUGCUGCUGUUGGAUGUGACGCCACUGUCGCUGGGCAUUGAAACCGCGGGCGGUGUAAUGACGGUGCUGAUCAAGCGCAACACCACCAUUCCGACGAAGCAGACGCAAACAUUUACGACCUACUCGGACAACCAGCCCGGUGUGCUGAUCCAGGUGUUUGAGGGUGAGCGGGCGAUGACGAAGGAUAACAAUCUGCUCGGCAAGUUCGAACUGAGCGGUAUACCGCCGGCACCGCGCGGUGUGCCCCAGAUCGAGGUGACGUUCGAUAUCGACGCGAACGGCAUCAUGAACGUGUCGGCUAUCGAGAAGUCGACCAACAAGGAGAACCGCAUCACGAUCACGAACGACAAGGGCCGGCUCAGCAAGGAAGACAUCGACCGGAUGGUAAACGAGGCGGAAAAGUUCCGCACCGAGGACGAGAAGCAGCGGGAAAAGAUCACCGCGAAGAACUCGCUGGAAGCGUACUGCUUCAACAUGAAGUCGACGAUGGAGGAUGCGAACAUUAAGGAUAAGAUACCGGACGCGGACAAAACGCUCGUCAUGGACAAGUGCAAUGCGACCAUUGCCUGGCUGGAUGGUAACCAAACUGCCGAGAAGGAGGAGUUCGAGCACAAGCAGAAGGAGCUGGAAGCCGUCUGCAAUCCCAUCAUCCAGAAGCUGUACCAGGGUGCGGGUGGCAUGCCGGGUGCGGGUGGUAUGCCGGGUGCGGGUGGUAUGCCGGGUGCCGGUGCGCCACCACCAACUUCCGGCGCCGGUCCGACGAUAGAGGAAGUGGACUAAGUGCACACUAAGACUGGACAAUAAAUUGGUGGAGAGGUUUUUGGGAGUUUGGGGUGGCCCUGGUGGUGUGAUGGUAGUGGCACCGGUCUUAUAGGACCGGUCUAAAAUCCCUUCCGGGCCAAACCCUCCCGUACGCAGGACUGACUAUCCAGAAAGCCAGAAAUGGCAGGCCUGGACACCUCUUGAGGUUGUUGUGCCCAUAAAGAGAGAGUGGGAGAGAGAAAGAUUGUUUCUAAUAAAAUCAAAACCACAAAAGAAAAUGGUGAAAACUGUUAAACAAAAAAAUCUUUUUAUUCAUUCCUUUUUUGUUUUUUUGUUAUAUCCGAUUUCGACAACAAUUACUGCAUUUACUCGCUAUGUUUUCCUGUUUGGUGAGGAGUUGUGUUUUUUUUUUUUCUUUAGGUUUGCUACUCCAUUGUUUCGGGGGA